AUGAUGGAAAACGCCAAGGUCGAAUUCUGCCGGUUCGAGAAGGAAAUGGACCGAGCUGCGGAGGCCAUGCACGAUAGCUUCGUCACCAUGGCCGAGAACGCCCGAAAAUUGGGGAAGAAUCUGGAAAAGGCUGCGACUUUUGAUUCUAAGAGGUAUAUUGAGGUGGCUGUUAAUUUUGCUACUGCUUCUAUGAGAUCCGCUGUUAGGGCAAUCUUGUCCAGCUUUAACAAUCAUAAAGAUGGCCGGGUCCUCUGCCGCCUUCCUCUCUACCCCAGAUGCCGCUGCCGACCCCCUGAAGCUAGUUCAUCCAGGUUCAUCUGCCUCAUCGCCCAGGCAGCACGCGACCGUCGCCCCUUAUUCCCGCAGAUUCUUCUGAUGCUGACCACCUCCGGAUCUACACAGAUGGAUGGCACAUGGACAACAAUGAGGAUGACGAGAAAAUCGAAGUGGGUCGCCCAGGAUUUCGUCCGACAAUUCGAUAUAAAUGAGUUCUUUCAUGUAUAUACCUGA